AUGGCCUUCAAUCCCAUCCCAAAUAUUAACAAUAUUUAUCGAUUCACUGUACCACAAAUCCAGCACGCAAUUCGCAAUAGACACGAGCUUGGCCGCGGUGGCUUUGGGGUGGUCUACCGAGGGACCAUCCGACGCCAUGGAGAGAGGACCCGUGCAGCCGCCUUCAAAAUGGUUUUGCGGGGUGACUAUUUUCGACAAGAGGUUAACGUGCUCGAUAUUGUGCGAAGUCGGUAUGUAAUUAACCUUCUAGGCGUUUGUGAAGAUUUGCAGACCAUCGUGAUUGAGUAUGCUCAGAAUCGAACUCUGAGUUACCAUCUUCGGCGUCCAGACUCAAUGACAACUUUCCCAUGGUGUACACGGAUCAAGGUCUUGCUUGGCCUUUGUAGAGCGCUGACUCACGUCCACGUGUGCGGCUACAUUCAUCGGGACGUCAAAUCGGAGAAUGUGUUGCUGCUGAACGAUUUCACUCCUAAAUUGAGUGAUUUCGGGGCUGCAAUAAUGAUCGAUGAAGAGCCCCAUCCGAUUAUUUUGUCCAUGGGCUACACUGAUCCUGGUUAUUUGAAUCCCGAUGAGACUGAAAAUGUUAAGUUUCAUUUGGAUAUCUACUCGCUUGGAGUAGUUAUCCUAGAAACGUUGAGUGGACGUCCUGCCUUUGAGAUUGAUCGCUUCGGAAGGGCAUUCCGAUUGGACACAUGGGUUCGAGGGCUUUUGCCCGAAGAGAUUCUACACGAAGAUUUCAGAGACUUGGAGCAAGCGCCCGACGUGAUGAUUGCUGCACUGGAUGGAGAGAACACAAACAUCCCGGAGGCUCUAAAGGACUGUGUCAUAAUUGCGCGUCGGUGUUUGAAUCCAGACGUGGCCCAACGCCCAAAUUUUAUUCAGAUCCGCGAUGUGCUCUUGGCCUGCCCGAGGGCCGCCAAUUAUGCAAGGUGGAGGAAUGCUGUUGGCAAUGCUUAG